CUGAAAUUCCUUUUAUCUGCAAAAUUACUACACUUUAUUUUUUCCUUUCACGCUUUUUAUUUUUUUUCAAUUAAUUUUUGGGGCCAAAUAUAUUUUCUGGUUUUCCUCUAUCUAUCAACUGAUCCAGCAUCUAAUUUAGGAGAAUAUAAAAUCGAAAGUGCCGAACAGACUACAGCAAUCCAUUGGGAGAAACAAACAGAGGCAAUUAAAGAAGAAAUAUCAGAAAAGAAAAUAGCCGAGAAAAGUUUAUUGAAAGAGAAUUUAAUUACAAAAGAGGCUAAAAAGGAAGAAAAAGAAACUGAAAUAAAAAUGUUUGGGGCAAAAGAAUUAAUUGAAAGUACCCAAAUAAUUAAAAAGGAUUUAACAAAAGAAAAAGAUAUUUUAACAACAGAAAUACCCAAAAAAGAAGAUUUAGAAAUUAAUCAAAAAUUCGAAGUAAAACAAAAAGAAUUGGAAAUUAAAGAAACAUUGAAGGAUUUAAAAAAAGAAAUUAUUAAAAAAGAUUUAAAAGAAAUUAAAGAACAAGAAAGACAAUUAUUUGCUCAAUUAGAUACUUUAGAAGAUAAAGAAACAAUUGGAAAAACAUUUUCUAUCGGGGAAGAAGAAUUUAAAGAAUUAAAAACAAAAGCUUCAGAAGAACAUUUAUUAAAACAAUCCCAACAAUUACAAAAACUUGGAGAAACAGAAAAAGUUUAUUUAACAAGAAAAACGCCUAUAGGCACGCCCACAGAGUCGAGAAAUUUUAAAAUUGAGAAAAGUUCUUCCCAACACGAAAUUCAAAUGAAAGAACAACCGGGAAUUUGGAUUGAAAGAAUUUUUGAUUAUUCUCGUUUAGAAGGGCCGAUAAUUUGUGAUAAAUUAAAAGAGAAGGGAGAAGAAGAAAUAUCCUUUCUUUGUAAAGUAACGGGAAUUAGUGAACGUUUAGAAGAAAAAGAAAAAAUAAUUUUAUUAAAAAGAGAAUGGAAAGAUUUAUUUAAAACAAAAGCUGUUAAAACAGAAGAAUUAAAUAUUCAAUUAAAUUAUUUAAGAAAAGAGGAGAAAGAAGAAAAAAAAAUAAUUAAAAAAGCUAAUUUAGAACAAAUAAUUAAAUUUAAAUUAAAUUCAAGCAAAAAAGAAAAUAUCCAAACAGAAUGCCAAUUAUUUAAUACAAAAAUUGGCAAAGAAGAAACAUUUAAAUUAUUAAAGGAGAAACCUUUAGAAGAAAUAAAAGUAUGGUUUAGAGAAUAUUUAAAAGAAGAAAAUAAUCUUUUAAUGGAUAUUAGCUUUGUGGAUACUCAAUUAUGGACUUGGGCUAAUUUAGAAGAAAAAGAAAAGGCAAAAGAAUGGAUAAAAACAAAAGCGGCAAGUGAUCUAAAAACUUUUGGUUCUGCUGUUUUUGAACUUUCUUCUCCAGAAAUUUCUACAAAAACAGUCAAAUCUUUGAAAGAAAAAGAAGAAAUUAAAAGAAAAUUUAAUAUUGAACAAAGCAAAAUUCAAAGUAAUUUAAUUGGAGAAAAAGAAGGGAAAGAAGAAUUUAUUUUAAAAAUUCUUCCAGAAAAACAAAAAGAAUUAACAAUUCCCUCAAUUAAUUUAAAAGAAUUUGGAAAAGAAACAAAAACAACUUCAAUUCUUUUAGUUAAAAUUCCAAUGUUAAAAAGGCUUUAUUCUGCCCAACAUUUAAUUAAUAUUCAAAACAAAAUAGAAAAACAACAAUUAAAUACUCUAAAUUCUUUAGAAACACAAAUAACACAAACAAUUCAAUGGCAAUCCUCACAACCAAGUUUUUCUAUUCAAAAGAAAUUCCCAACUUCUCAAUUACUUUCAACUUUAUUAAAAACAGAAUAUUCAAAAGAAGAAUUAAAAAUCAGAACAGAAACAUUACAAAAACCGUUAAAUUGGGAAAAAACAGAAUUUCAAAUAAAAACAGCUAGAAAAAGUGAACAAAAAUUAAAAACAAAAGAAUCUAGAGAAGAAGAAGAAACAUUAAUUGCUGAAUAUAAAAUUGUUGAAAGAGAUUUAGAAAUCGAAAAAGAAAUUAAAAUUCCUUUAAAUAAAUUUAAUAAUUUGUUAACAAAAGAAGUUAGUGAAGAAAUUUUAAAUUUAGAAGAAAAAUGGGAAAGAACAGAAGAAGAAUUAAAGCUUGAAUUUAAUUUAAAAUUGAAAAGAGAAGAAAAAAUUGAAAGAAAAUUUAAAAUUCAAAGUCCUUUAAGUAUCGAGAAACAUUUAAUUAAAGAAGGAAAGGAAGAAUUUGGUACACAAAAAAUAAUUAAAAUAUUUAGAGAAGAAAAUUUAAAACAAAAAAUUAAAGAAACGAGUGAACGUUUAAUUAAUGUUUUUGUUGAUUUUCAAAGUUUAACUUCAAAAAAAGAUUUUUCUAAAGCAGAAUUAUAUUUAAAAGAGAAAACAACAAUUAAAAUCCCCCCAAUUUAUUUAAUUGCACAUUCUGAAAAUUUAAUUUCCCAAUUUUGUCUUUCACGUUCAUUUCAAUUUGAAAGGAUAUUUAAAACAAUUAAAAUUGGUAGAAAAGAAGCAAUUAAUUUAAAAGUUGGAGAGGCACAAUUAGAAGAAUUUAAAUUAAAUUUUGGUCUCCAAGGAAAAUUGUUGUCAAUUGAAAGUGCUCAGAGAAUUUUACCUUUGCCAAAUAUUUUUGGGCCAAUUUCCUUUAAAAUUGAAGAAUUUGAAGAGGAAGAAAUUUGUUUAUAUACACAAUUACAGAAGAAAAUAAUUAAAGAAUUGGAUACAAAAAUAGAUAUACCGAUAUAUUUAAAAGAGUCUCAAAUAAUGAAAACAAAAGUUGCUGGAGAUGAACAAAAAAUAAUUUGUCAAGAAUGGAAAAAAGAAGAAAAGAAGGAAUUAAUUGAGAAAGUUAAUUGGAUAGCCUUUAAAGGAGAAAAAUUAAUUAAAAAAUUGAAAGAAGCUGCGGAUGAACAGACACAAAUAGCUUAUGUUUUUGACAAAAAUGGAAAAUAUUUUCCAAUUCCAGAAAAAAUUUUGGAAGAAAGAAGAUUUGGGGGAAAUUAUAUUUUAAAUACAAAAGCAACAAAAAAAGAAGAAUGGCAAACAACUUUGUCUUUAAAUAAAUUGCCAGCCUUUGAAAAAUUGUUAAAAAAAUUAAAAUAUAUUACAAAAGAAGAGAAGAGUAUGAGAAUGUUGGAGAGUGGAAAGGAAGAAAAAGAAAGUUUUUAUUCGCUACAAAAAGCUUCAGAAACAUUUGGAGUUGCAAUUAAAAGAAAAUGGGCACGUGAAAUUUUGCCAGAAAUUUUUAAAAUAAAAGAAUCGACAAAAGAAGAAUUUUUAAUUAAUUAUGAAUUAAAACCUAAAAUGGUUAUUAAUGAAGAAAAAAUUGAAAUAAAAAUAAAUAUUCCUUUAAUUAUUUCUGGAAUUAAUUUAAAUACAGAAGCUAGUGAAUUAAUUACAUUGACAAUAAUUAGAGAAUUAAAAAGGGAUGAGGAAUUUGAUAAAAAAGAAAUUUUAAUUAAAAUACCAAAUAAACAUCCAUCAAUAAUUAAACAAACAAAAGCUUCUACAGAAGAGAAUUUGGUUGUUUUGGAAUCAAAACAAAAAUUAGAACAAAAUGAAAGAAUAACAAAAACAUUUAUUAUUCCAAACAUUGGACAAGAAAAUAAAUUAAAAACAAAAGAAGCAAAAGAUUUAAAAACAAAUAUUUGUUUGGAAUAUAAUAAAUUAUUACAAACAAAGGAAAGUGAAAGAAUUUGGCCGAUAGCACAAUUUGGAGGCCAAAUAAAAUUAAGAACAGAAGCAGCAAGUGAUGAAUAUUUAACACUUCUUCGAGAAUUGGAAAGUGACCAUUUGAGGGUAGCACACACCUCUCUAACAAUUUGGGAAACAAAUAAACUUCCUGGGGUAGAAAUGAAAAUGCGCGAGGCGGAGGCGUUUGAGCAACAAAUACAAAUAACAUUACAGCGCCAAAUUGUUGCAGAGGCGGCGCCAUCAUUUAAAUAUUUGGUACGCCCGCAUUUGAGCGCUCAAAGUGAAUUGCGCGAAUCCUCAAUAAUUGAAGAAAGCAUAACAUGUCAAUGGAAACAACCUGAUAAUAUAGAAAAUUCAGAAAUUCUUCGACACAUUCCUGCUUUUGGUGGCCGUGUAUUUCUUCAUUCUAAAGCAACUGGACUUAUUAAUGCUAUACAACACUUUCAACUACAAAAACAACGUGAUGCUUCUCCAGCUCCGGCUCUUCGUUGCAUUCGUUGUGCAAGGGAGUUGGCUCCUGUUCAAGCGCGUUUAAACGAACCAAAGCAUGAACAAUACAAUUUGUCUCAGAGUUGGUGUCGUGAACAAAUAAAAGAGGAAACAACAUUUACUCGUGUUUGGCCAAAUUGGGGACCUGAGAAUGUACUUAAAACAAAAGAAGCAAAGGAAAGGGAAGAAAAUAUUCACUUUCAAUAUUCAAAACUACCAUCCUCUGCUCAAACAUUUUUCACAAAAUGGGAACCACGUAUUAACAAAGAAAUUCUUGGAACUAAGGCUGUAGGUAAAGAAGAAUAUUUAAAAGAAGAAACGAUUACAAAGAAAAAGCCUUUGCCCAAUGAUUUAGCGACAGAAUUAGUGCUUUGGAUUGCACGCUUGACAGAGCCGUUAAUUUUAGGCAGUAAAGCAAGUUCUAAGGAACAACAACAAUUAAAUAGUGCUUUAAGUAGAACUUCAGAAUUUGAAAGAGCACCGCCUUUAAUUAAAAUUUGUGCAAGAGAAGAAAAGCCAGAACCAUUCCGUGUUCCAGAAAGUCAAGCUCAUUCAAUUAUGUUAAGCUCUGUUUAUUUAAAAGAUGACCAAGCAGAAGAAGCACAUCAUACUGUUUGGGAACCACUCUUUGGCGGACAAUAUAUUCAAAAUACUAAGAGGGCUGGAGAUAUUUCUUCAAUUGUUGAUGUUAAUCUAAAAGAUGAGAGUCCAAGACAAUUAAGCUCAGAAAAUAUUAUUUUUGUACCUCAAACACUUGUUGGCCCUCAACCUCAAUAUCGAAGUUUGGCCUCAAAAACAGAAACGCUCUUUUUGGCACAAGAAAUGCGCUCUGCCCCGCCAGCGGAAAUGGAAGCAUUGAUCACUUUGCCAAUUGCGCGAUCCGGUCCCUCACUUGCACCAUUGCACUCACACCAAGCAGCCACUGAGCAAGAGCACAUAAAUACACAAUGGCACAAAAAUGAUCAAAUUUUGGAAAUUCCAGUUGUGUUGCCGGAUUCUCUAUUUGGUGGAACUCACACAAAACAUGUACUUGCUGCUGGAGAUGCCCAUAUUGCACUGUACAAACAAUUGGAAAAUCCUAUUGUGACACAGCUUGAGGCUGAAUGUACACGUCCGUUAGAAAGAAAGGCAGAACCUUCAGUUCAUAAUACAAAAUCAAGUGCAGAAACAACAAUUUCAACAACAACAGCCCUACAGCGUUUAGAACCAUUUGUAGCAGCAUUGCCUUUUAAAUUAAAAUCUUCUCGAAUUUUGGAAGGUCCUACUCCAUCUGUUCAUGUUACAGAAAGUAGAGAAGUUGAACAGCUUAAUAAUGUCCAGCUUAGGCGUCCAGAUCAAUGGGUACAGGCUCCGGAUCAUACAAGAUGGGAACCAAGAUAUGGUGGGCAAUUCCUUCACGCAACUAAGGCAAGUAUUGAGAAGAAUGUGGAAGUGCCUUUGCUUGAUUGGUCACGCCCAGAGUCAAUGGAGAGUGCACCGGAAAAGAAAAUUAUCAUUCCAAGAACGGGAGAACCUGUAUCAUUAUUAUGUUCAAUAGCUGGAGAUGUUAAUGUUGAAUAUCAACAACUUCUGGAAAAACCAAAAUCCCGUGAACUUUCGACACAAUUAAUUCUUCGAGAUAUUAAUAGAAUAGAACCACAAAUAUUUAAAGCAAAAGAAGCAGGUCAACAACAAUUAGGGUCAAAUAUUGUUUUGCAAAAACCUCAACUUAUUGGAUUAGAAGCAGAAUUAAUAAAACGAGAACCCCGUUUUGGAGGUCAUUACACAUUAAACUGUGCCGCAGCUGGUAAAAUGGACACUGGUGAAAGACUCUUCACGUUAAAUAAGAUUAGUCAAGAAGAAGAGGCUCCUCUUCAUAUUAUUCGUGUUUAUUUACGUGAAGAUGAGAAAGUUGAGUUGAGAUCUAGACAAAUGGAAGAAUGGCAUUCACAAACAGAAGUUAAAUUAAAACGUGAAGAAUUUUUGGGAGGUGCUGAAUUGAUUAAAGAAGAUAAAAGAAAAGCAGAGGAAAGAUUUGAUACAACACAGGCCGGCUCUGAACAAAUCCACAUUGGCGCUGCGCUUUCCCGCGGCGAAGAACAACCGUUUGAUGUGCAAUAUAUCCUGCCUGCUAUUCAAUUGCUUGGCCCUUUUACGUUGAAUGCUGUGCAUUCUGAAGUCAUUUUACAAUUGGAAUGUCUUCUAGAAUCUGCCAAACGAGAUGUGAAUUUAUUUGCUGAAUUAUCUCUACGAGAACCUCGUUUGGAGAAGCCUAUUGAACAUGUUUGUGAAGCUGCUGAACUAAUAGAAGCAGAAAAGGGUCAUGACUGGGCACGGUUGAGACGUGGAUAUGGAAAUGUUCAAAAAGCUAAAGAACGUCCACCGAUCGAGAAAAGAGGUGAAGAAGGAGAAGAAGGCUGGGGUGAAGAAGAAGCUGCACUUUUUGAGGGAGAGGAAGGUCAUGAUUGGGCACGUUUGAGACGUGGCUAUGGAAAUGCAAUGAUUGAAAAAGCUCGAGUCCAAGAAAAGAUUAAACCAAUUAUAAAGUGA